AUGGCCUACAUCCUCUACUCCAUCGUCUUCCUGACCAUCAUCUGCGGCACGGCCCUCUUCCUCACCCGCCGCCUCUGGCUGCACCGCCUGCCCGACCUCCCGGGCCGCGACUACCUCUACGCGCGCCUGCCCUCCUCCUCCUCCUUCGCCGGCGACGUCGAGGCCGGCCUCUCGAGCUCGACCUUUGACCUGACGGCCAACGUCGAGGGCGGCGACGCCCGCGGGGGCCUCGACGCCGACGCCAAGCGCGAGAUCCUGCGCAUCAUGAAGAAGCGGCGCAUGCGCUUCGACGAGGCCCGCCGCGCCUACAUGGAGGAGCGCUUCAAGGCCAACGGCAUCGGCGCCGACGGCAGGCCCCGCGACCCCAAGUUUGUGAGCUUCUCAUGA